GGUUUAUACCUAAAGUACAGACUGCGUAUGUUGAAUGGAGAUGAAUUUUUAACGAAGGAGUUCUCAGCUGAUGAAUUUCAUAUCUUGGAAACUGAUAUAUUUUUCUUGUUAAGUUUCAUUGUGAUCUUCGUUCUGGCCAUCAUAUGCGCUCAGAAGCUGCGUGAACGAAUGCUAUUCCACACGACCUACAAGAUGUUCCUUUUCACAACGGCUAUGGAGAUACUCUCAUUGUUCAUCAUCUGUAUCGCUUACGGGAAGUUCGCCAACACCGGCGAUGAAGAUUUCGACCUGAAAACGUUCGGCCGCAUCAUCGAAGCAACGGGCCACAUCGUCUUCCUGCUGAUGUUGCUGCUGUUGGGCAAGGGGUACAACGUGACCAGGGGCCGCCUCAGUCAGUCGAGUAGCAUCAAGAUCCUCGUCUUCAUCGCCCUCUACAGUGUCAUAUACGCCGUUCUCUUCUUCGAUGAUGCUAUCUUCUCGGAUCCAGGAUUGGUGUUGUAUUUGUACGAGAGUCCACCUGGAUACGGAUUAAUUGCGUUAAAGAUCGUGGCCUGGGCAUACUUUUCCUUUGCUUGUUUCAUGACACUCAAACACUAUCCUGAAAAGAAAAAGUUCUAUUACCCCUUCUACUUCUUCUAUAGCGUCUGGUUUGUCAGUCCAAUAUUUGUCCUGAUCGCCUGCUUCGCCAUACCAAGGUACAGACGUGAGAAGAUUGUGAAUGGCAUUGAAGUGGCUAUAUCGUUUUUAUCUCAUACUUACUUGCUGUUUCUGACGAGACCAUCAAACACGAACAAAAACUUCCCCUACCACGUCAGGACAUCGCAAGUGGGCUUACAGCGUUACAUGAUAUCAUAUCACAUCACCUUAUCACAUCACAACAACAGCAACAACAACAACAACAGUAACAACAACAACAACGACAACAACCAUAUCCAAUCCAGGUUGGAAUCUUGGAGAAUAAUUCCACGCCAGACGACAAGAUGA